AUGAAAAUUGUAUUGAUUCUGCUAUUAUUCAAUUAUUCAGAUUUUUAAGCUCCACCUUCUGAAGACGCUAAUGCUAAAUUUAGCCAAAAUGAUUUAUAUAUUUUGAGAGAAAAAUCAAUCAUAAGAGGUCAUUAUAAGGAUGUAGCAUCUGAAUAAAAUGGGGGUUUGAUGGCAAAUGCUCGUUUAUUAUACUUUCAUGGUGAUGGAGAAAGUAAAAGUCCAUUAAGGAAUAGAAUAUACUUUUCUUAUGCUAAUUUGGGGCAUGCAAGGUGUAACCUUGGAUAAUCAAUGAUUGUUUAAUUUCUAUAAGCUUAUGAAAUUAAUACUAUUAGAAUUAGAUUUUGGGAUCCUGAUGAUCGUAUUCAUAAUUUCAAACUAUUUGCAAUAGAAAAGGCUGACAGUGAUGAAACACUAAUACAUGAAGGGUCAAUCCAUGGAUUAAUAACAAUUAAGUUUUCUGAUAGAUUGGUUUCAAAAAUAAGAAUUUUAUCAAAUGGUAAUUCAAUAAACGAGUUUAUGUCGGUUAUAAAAAUUUAAGCUUUUUAUGCAUUUUGA